GAAGGAGCUGUUCCUCCAGUUAGUACUGUGGCCAGUAGUUUUCCUACUACAACACCAAUUACAUCAUUUAGUAAUGCUUUGGCUCAACAGCAAGGAAAACCAAAAAUCCAACAGUCUACGUCGAGCCAAGAUUCUACCACAAUCCAAGAUAUUUCCAACAAUUUUCCCGAUACAAUCUUGCAGCCUUACUAUGAUCAGGAGUUUGAUCAAAACGCACAGUUUCCUUCGUCAUUUCCCAAUAGCAAUAACUAUUCGUAUCCCAGUGCCUCAAACUCAAACAGUGAAUACAAUAGUGGUUUUAAUUUAUCAGAGCAAACUCAGAAAACGAGUUUCCUGAAUUUAGACACGCACAAUUCCACACCCGCGGCUCUUACCGGUCUCUCAUCAGAAAUCUCGUUAACUCCGCUGACUUCUAAGACUAAGGACCUUACUCUCAACAGUGGAAGUAGCACCUUGACGACGUUGACUAAUGUAACUAAUUCUAUAAACACCACCAGUGCGCUGACGCCUUUAAAGAACGCCUGUAAUAUGUUGAACUCAGUGGGUAGCAUUGCUGAUAGUGGAAAUAACAGUUUACAGACUGGAUCUGAGGAUAUUAUGGAAAUCGGUGGCAGGGAAACCAAGACUCAUUCGGCUUACAAUCAAGAUCAGCAGCAUGGAGAAUACACUCCCAAUUUAGAGAUUAACUCCAACUUCCAAAACGAUUACAACUACCAGCAAAACUUCUCAGUUGGGAGCUGGAACCAACCUACACCUCACGAGAAUGUCCAAAACUACGACCCGCAGCACAGCGACUAUUUCGGUCCACCAAACAAUCAGUUCAAUCCACACAUGACCUCCUCUCCCAAUUCUUGGAUCAAGAAAGAAGAACCAAUAUCGCUCACACCUAUUUCCAAGAGUGAGAAUAGCGUUGACAUUAAACCGAAGAUCAAUAUCAUAAGUGAUAUUAAGUUGCCAUCCGUAUUUAGUACCACUCCCGUUGAGAAGAAAAUCAACAUCAUCAGCGAUAUUAAAAUCGAGCCAAAAACCGAAGGUUUCGACAAAUUCGACAUAAAACCCAGCUCGAUGCAUUCCUUUCCGUUACUUCCUGCUGUUAAGUCCGAAUUCAACAAUGAGAUUAAAACUGAGGUGAAAACUGAGUUUAAGACUGAACCCAAAACGGAAAUUAAGAGCGAGGAGGAAGUUAAAGAGGAAAAAUUGCCACCGAUACAGGAAAAUCCAUUUGCCAAAUUAAACCCAUUGGCGUUGAGGGACUCCAAGGAAGAUAGUGGUAUUCCCUAUGAUUGGGCGAUCGAGCUAUUAAAAGACUACACACCGGGCUGUAUAGAAAAUUCUGCCAAAAUGGGAAUAUUGUUUUGUAUCAUACGCGAAAGCAUAGCUUUAGGUGAUAGACUGUUAGUUUUUAGCCAGUCUUUAAUUACGCUAGAUUUGAUCGAGCAGUUCCUCCAGAUGAGCCAAGUGCCAGGCGAGACCUUCAACUGGGCGAAAAAUAGCAGCUACUACCGAUUGGAUGGUUCAACAAGUGCUCUUGAAAGAGAAAAACUCAUCAACGAAUUUAAUUCGAAUCCCAAGAUCCACUUGUUUUUAGUUUCGACCAGAGCUGGAUCUCUCGGUAUCAACUUGGUUGGAGCCAACAGAGUGGUCGUUUUAGAUGCUUCUUGGAAUCCUUGUCACGAUACGCAAGCUGUCUGUAGAGUGUAUAGGUACGGUCAGAGGAAACCGUGUUUCGUCUAUAGAUUAGUCGUCGAUAAUUGUUUGGAAAAGAAGAUCUACGAUCGUCAAAUAAACAAACAAGGUAUGUCCGAUAGAGUUGUGGAUGAAUGCAAUCCAGAUGCUCAUCUCACCAUGAAAGAUGUCAGUACACUCUGUUGGGACGACAAAAACGACGAGGGAGAAGUAAAAGACUGGUCUGAAGUCAAAGAUAACUAUAUAGACGUAGUUCUGCAGAAAGUUCUUCAAAAACAUGGCAAGACGUUAAACAAAGAACCAUUCCAACACGAAUCUCUUCUAGUCGACAGAAAAGAGAAGCAGUUGUCACAGCAGGAAAAGAGGCUGGCCAAGAAAGGCUACGAACGCGAAAAGCAAGCAUCACGGCAACCCGCGUAUAGUUUGAUGGGCGCCGCAAGAGGUCACAGGCCGGUGGCUUCCGUCAGACCGAUGCAGCAAGGGGAGAGACCUUCAAGGUGGAUUCCAGCUGAGCAUUGGCAGCGGCAAGGAAUGACUGCUCAAGAAAUGACACUACCUUUAGACGUAGUAAUACCCACAAAUCAACCCGAAAAGGGUAACAUAGUCUUAAAGGCUGGACAAAAGGUUCUCGUCCUUAAAUCUCCAAAAGGGGUAUAUAUGCAAUUGGAAAGUGGAAAGAUAGUUGCGAUCAAGACUGCAACGAAGUUCAAAGGUAAGGCCGAAGAAAUCGCAGACUCAUCUAAGGUGUCAAAACCGCCUCUUUUGCCACUGUCGAUCAAAGGAAAUCCUUCUCUUUCAGUAGUGCCACAAAAAAGACCACCGGUCAAACCUUUUGCACCAAGUACUGCCAAAUUUGGUGGUGUUCAGAGUGCAAAACAGUCGGUUCCUAACCUGGUGUCAAGGAUGCGUGCGACGAAUAAAAAGUUACCAAUAGGAAAAGCAAGACCUCCGCAUAUUGGUAAUGAACUAGCGAAAUCCAUGGCACUUUCAAAAGACGAUGGCUUCCCGAUGGGUAGUGGUGACGAUGAACCCAAAGAACCUCCAAUGAUGCACCAUCACCCUCUCGAACGUAAAAGGCUGCCGAUACCUCAUCCGCCUCAUCCUGUUCAUCCACCACACCCUCAGGAAAACAGCGACGACGACAUCGAGAAAAGAAUAUCGUUAUUGAAAAGGAAUAUUUCUAUACAGAGGGUGGGAUCGAAACAGCCUCCUCAGCCAGUACAACAACCGGCACCUCCUCCUCCUGUACAGGCGCCACCACCUCCCGUUGUCGACGAAGAGGAAGAGAGGGAGGAAAGUAGUCCAGAUAAUUCAGCAGUGGAGCAGAUGGAUCAUAGCAAUUCGUCGAUGUUAGGUGAUAGUACUCCCUUCCAGGAUACCUUAGAUAGUAUAACCAGUGCAUAUCAAGCCACGAACGAUGACAACCUAGAAUCCUACGAAGACGAUGAAAUUUCUGAACACUCGGAUCAGAAGCAUCACGAACAAAGUGAAAUAAGCGACCACAGCGAUGACGUAACAUAUGUAUCAGAUCAGUCGCCCAAUUCUCAGUACCACCCCCAAACAUCCACUUCCCAACAAGCAGCUCCAGCUGCAACGGAUCCGCCGAAGACGGAAGGUCAAGAAUAUGGCAACUAUAAUAAUUAUUACAAUUACCAAGCUCCUCCGUACCACGCUCCUCCCCCGCCGCAGGGUUACGCCUACCCGCAACCACCGCCCCAACCCUAUGACAUGAUGUAUCCGCCGCAACCGCAACAACAUCAGUACAAUUACGGCUAUCAAGGAUAUCCGCCGCCGCCUCAGCCUCAUUAUCCGCCUCACCCGCCGCCCCCUCAACCAGGUUACGACUACAGCGGACAAGCGCCUCCAGCGCAACCAAUGUAUGCCGGAUACCAGCCGUAUCCGGCGCAAUAUCCGCCUCCGCCUCCACCUCAAGGUAUGUACCCGCCUCCACCGGCCGGAGCACCCGCUCCUCCUUACAGUGACUAUCAGCAGUACGCUCCGGCGCCUAUAAACAAUGUUGCUCCACCUCCCGCGCAGUAUUAUCCUAAUUCUUAAGGGAAAUAUUUUAAAUUGUUAUAGACCAGUCGGUUUCGGUAGAUAUACAGUCGAAUUUGAAUGAGUUUUAAAACAAUCGUUCUGUAUAUUACUGUUUUAUAUUAUGAUUUAAGCAAAAAGUAUCUUUUUAGUUAUAAUAUUUGAUUAUUGUCUUUGUAUCGUAUGUACUUACAUAAAGUCUUUGAAUUUUCACAAGAUAAAUUUUAUUUUUACACUUGUUUUCUUUUAAUUAUGCUCCUAUUGUUAGCCCUUUCGCUGUUCUUUUCACGUUCAUCUCAUUGUAGAACUAUGAUAGAAUCGUGCCAUGCGCACCGAGCAAAAAGUCCCGAAUUCUGGACAUGCGCACCGGGAAAAAAGUCCUAAAUUCUGGACAUGCGAAGCGAAGAGGUUAAUGAUAUGUUGAUAUUACUGUUAAUGAAUUUUUGUCUAUGUUUUAGUUUGAUAUUUUUGUCCCUCAUAAUUGAAUUCAGUUGAGAUGAUGUUUUUCCGGAAUAUCUAUAUGAUUUGGGCGAUUCAAUAGUGUCACUUUAGCAGUAAUCCGAGUAAAUAGUUUGGAGAAAAUAGGUAUCCUUUCACGUCACGUUGAUUUUAUCACCAGGAAAUGAUUAAGCAUUGUGUUUUUUAUUUAAUCCCAAGUUUGAACUAGUCAGUAACAGCAUUUUUCAACUUUUAAACUGUGUAUCAAUCUUGACAGAAUUUUUAACUUAAAAAUGGGGACUAGCUUGGCAAAUUUCCUGCUUAGCACUGAAAUAAAUGGAGGUUUUUCAAGAUGUAGUCUGUUAUCUCUCAUAUGUCGUCUGUCAACGGUCAUUUGGAGUCUGUCAACGUUUAUAUAUCGUCUGCAAACAUUCACGUGUUGUGUUCACAAUCCAUUAUUGAUCAAUUACCAUAACAAAAAGGAUUUUCUAAUUGUUUACACUUUUUUAAAUGUGUAUUUAUAUCUAUAUUAUUAUAUUUAUAACGUAAAUCAUUAAUUCAUCAAAUAAAAUUGGGGUAGUGUAUCUAUUAAGUUCGUUUUGCAUCCGAUAUUUCCCGCCCCUUUCCUUAUUUUAACUUUUAUAUCGGAUAUAAUGGCCUAUAUAUUUUAUCACCUCAGCUGAUUUACAAAAUAUAUGAGACUUAAGUAUCAAAUUAUGUCAGUAUAAUUCAACUUCAGUGUACUUUAUAUUAUAAUUCAUGUAAUUACUUUAUAUUUAUAUAAAAUAGUAAGUGUAUGUUGUUUUAAAAUUCAUUUUAAGCAUAAACAAAAUCGAGAUCUAUAAAUCAAAUGCUGUGAACUUCGUUUUAACUUUCGUCUUUGUACAUAAAUUGAGUAAUUGUUAUAUAUCGUAAGUUCUCACAAUUUCUUAGCGUAAGAAACUAAAUUAUGGUUUGUAUAUAUUAAUGAUUAAUUUGCAAAAUAUAUAUGAGAAGUGUUCGUUAAAAGUUAUGCUUCUUUUUAUCGGUAGGCUUAUUUUUAUGUGAUAAAACCCCAAAUUCAUACUUUUUAUUAGUUUUACUACCAACCCAGCUAGAGAGUGACGUGGAUGUUGCAUUACUAGCUUAAAAUAUCAAGUUUUUUAAUAACUAAAUGUAGUUCAGUGUGGAAUGUAAUUAAUUCGAUUUUGACAAUUGAAUUUUUAUGUGAUUAUUCAUUGCCACUUGCUAAUUUGGAUCCCAAGCUUGAAAUAGUCAGUAACAGUAUUUUUUCACGUGUUUAAGUGUAAAUUUAUAUUUUGUUCAAUAUUGGCAGAAAUUUUAACUUUUAUUUUGUCAAACUUUCAGCUUAGAAGUACAAUGAAUUUACACAAAUCAAGAAGUCGUCUGUCAAAGGUCAUAUGUCGUCUGUCAAAGGACAUAUUUCGUCUGUCAAAGGUCAUAUGUCGUCUGAAAACGGUAUUAUGACAUGAUGAUGAUAGAUAAACUUGUAACGAUUUAAAACAGCUAAAGUUUGCUCUGUUUUGAUCAUUUAAUAUCACAUUUAACAGAAUUUUGCUUAAUACAAUUUAUAACACGUCCUUAAUUAUAUUAAUUUGUGAUUAUUUAAAUUUUUUAAAUUCUUAACGGUCGUAAGCCAAACUCGACUGGUCUACAAUUCUGAUGUAGUGCAAUAGUGUUUUAAAAGAAAGAUCUGUAUACUCUAAGAUUUUAGAUGUUCAGUGGUAUUGCAGAUACGCAUACGAAAUUAUUUGGCGAUAACUAUAGGACUUUUGUGGGUGUGUACAUGGGGUAGUUCUUUCAAUAGUGAUCAACAAUAAAUACUACAAG